AUGAUGUCCUGCUUGAGGCUGCUGAGAAGGUGCCGGAGAGAGGGGGCAUGGGACGCCCAUGACAAGCGGUUUGGGAAGGAUGCAAUGGACCACCUGGACGAGCACACGAGGGCGUUGGUCAGCGCGGGGCGUUGGGUAGACACGGAAACAAGGUGGGCACUGAACAAGUGGCUCACGUCGCUCUGGUCUGGAAACCCUGUGGAUCAGUGCGAUUUGAGUGUGGAGGAGUGCCGCAUCUUGUUGGGUUUCGCCAAUGCCUUCACUGUGAGGAGAGCCCUUGAGAAGAGCAGUGACGAGCACCUAAAGCAACAUAAGCAUCGUGGGUACAAGGAGCAUGAGGGGGUCAUGUUCGUUUCUGGGUCUCUGCUACUGAAGACCGCACUGAGAAGUGGGAAAGGGAAGGGUGCAGAUUACAGGCUGGUUGCUGAGGGGAUCCUGAGGGAUUAUGUGGCCCUAAGAGAAGGCAAGAGAAAGCAAAGGGAUUGGGAGGAUGAAAGGUCCGUGCGGAGGCUGCAGCAACCCUAUCGGCAGCAGCAGCAGCAGCUUACAGCCGCUGGAACAGUGGCUCAGCACCAGCCCCAGGUGCAGAUGGUGCCACAGAUUGCACAGGGGCGGGGCAUGCAGGCCAGCCAGCCAAGGUGCAACCAGGGCCUUAUGCAGUCAGGGCAGCUGAACAGGCAGGGGCGGGGCAUGCAGGCCGGCCAGCCAAGGUGCAACCAGGGCCUCAUGCAGUCAGGGCAGCUGAACAGGCAGGGGCGGGGCAUGCAGGCCGGCCAGCCAAGGUACAACCAGUGGCAAGCUGGGCAGGGGGGAGGGAUGCAGGUUGGCCAGCGCUUCAAUGGGCAGCUGGGGCUGGGGCCGGUGAAUAUCCAGCAGCAGGCGGGGGGCGUGCCCCUGGGAGGCGGGGAACAACCUGAGGUUCAGGCGGUUCUGCCUGGGCUUGAGGGUUGGGAUCUGGAGGCUGAGUUGGAGGUGGGCGUGCAGUUUGCACAGGGGGGGGAGCAACCUGAGUUGGAGGGGGGCGUGCCGCGUACACAGCAGGGGGGUGACCAACCUGAGCAGCCAACUCAACCGCACAACGUGCCCCUGGAACUUGAUCCCAGACUGUCUGCUGAAGACCGUCGCAAGUGGUAUCGCGAGCAUGGUUUCACCACUGAGGACGUGUGGAAGGGGUUGGUCCAGGCGUCAGACAAAUUCGAAGAGGAACAACAUGAGCGCGAGCAGGCCCUGCGUCAAGUCCGGCAGCUCAAGCUGCAGCAGGGUGUUGUGCCGACGCCCCCUCUGGAGCUUGGUCCAUCUGUUACCGAGCUCUUCAACUGGUUCAAAGUGCAAGGGUACACCUAUCAGGAUUCGCCAAGAUGA